AUGCCCGAUUUCUUCGAUAAGGAUGCCUUCAUCCACGCUCUCAAGAGUUACUACACCACGCUAUCCUCCUCCGGUCUCUUCGCCCCGGAGACGAUCCGAAACCCGCCGGCUGGAGGCUGGCCUCUCGGCGCCCUCUCCAUCCCGCCCACUCGCUCCAAAGCGGCCAUUUCUCUACUCCGCCACAUCCCCUACCUGGAGCCCUAUGCCGCUCCGAAUGGGCAGAAAUCGCAAUGGCCCAUUAUGGUCAAGGCCCUUGCGGUCAAUUACUUAGAGCCCUUGCGAGAGGAUCACCCUGACCUACCACCAGACGUGAUCGUCCUUGCCCGUGCCUUCUGCGUCGACCCUGGCAGGGGUGGUGAAAUUGUAGACUGCACACUGAAUUGCGCGACAGGAGAGGUGACUCGCUCGAAUGAGAUAGUCUCCGCGACAGAAUUCUUCGAGAGGCGGAUUGAUGAACUGAAAGAUCAGACCGUCAUGCCGCUGCCGCCGGUAGACGACAUGGCGCCCGCCCUGUUCUCCGACGAGUGGGGACGGGAAGACAUCGUGAAGCGAGCGUUGCGGGGUGUGCAGAUCAGGUGCGGGUGGACGGGGACACACAAUGUUCUUGUGUGGAACCGAGCCAAGUUCCUGCGAGAGAUGGCUUGGUUCCGGAGAAUGAGGCGGAGAAUUGAGGAGUGCAGGGCGGCGAGAGAGAAGAUGUUUGAUGACGAGGCAGAUGAGGACUGGCCGCCGGAGGACACGUCUCGAGCUUCGUCUGAAAGCGAGUGGACGUCCAGCGACCGUGAAUUGGAAGAAGAGGGCGGGGCUGGUGACAUGGCAAACGAGCUCGCCGGGCUGUGGUCCGAUCUUGACAAGGCCGAGUUUGACCAUGUCAGUGAGCAACUCGCCAAGGACAACAUCUCCCACGCUUUCCAGGUGCCGCGCGAAGGCCAGGCCCCAGUCCGUCUAACUGUACCCGCCCCCCCGACACAGGAUGAAGCGACGGCUACUCGUGACGCCCUCAUCAACGGCCUGACGCGCUACUACACCCUCCUCACGCGUGCAGCCUACCUUCCCACCGAAGCUGUCGAGUACCCUCCCCUCGAAGGCUGGCAGCCGCCUCUCUUCCAAGAAGAUAAACUCCGCGCGCUGAAGUACGAUGAUUGGACCAUUGAGGUGCUCCGUCAUUUGCCAUACAUUCGUGAGGCGGGCGAGAUGGAUGAUCAACAGUGGCAGGUUUUCAUACAAGGCUACCCAAUUCGAUACCUCCAUGACGGUCACCUCCUCCAGCAAAGCCCGUCGAAACUCGCAAAGAAAAACCUGCAAGACCUCGGCUUUUCGCCGUACAAAGCGGGCCUGCCAGGGACACUAUUGGCCGUCGUCAAGGCGAGAACCGAAUCAGACUCGCACUGGUGGCUCGUGGAUUUAGAGAAAGGCGAGAUCAUGGUCGACGACGCCACGAUGCAGGUUGAUAGAGGCUCGACAAAGAAGACCCCUUGGCUGCGCAACAAGGCGGAGCCGAUUUCUUCGUUCUUUGACAAGCUGAUCCAUCGACUCGUUACGCUAGAUCUAGUGCCUAUGCCGGAUCUGGGGAGACUCGAGGGCAUGUAUGACGAAGACGUCUACGGGCCUGAGAUUUGGGGGGGCAUCGCAGCGAAGGAAGAGGAGAAUGUGCGGGGGGCGCUGGAUCUGGAGAUUGAGGUGAGAAGAAGUCUGGCCACGGCCACAGACAAUGCUAACAAGUGCAGCUGGCGCGGAAGAUCUACCUCGAGCACGGAUGGCCUACGCACGACUUCAGGAGGCAAGAGUGCAUUGAUGCGCUCGUGCAGAUGA